AAGCUCUGUGGUCUCGCCGUACAACCGCCUCUUUUUCCGGUGUCCGGCCGGCCGGAAGGGCUACGAGGUAAUUAUUCUGGACAGGGGGCCUGGUUCCAUAAAAGAAAUUCGAAGGGACUGCGAAAAAUGGCGGGACUCUCCAAAACCACGGGUCGCGCCUUAUUUUCCUCUCCCUCUCGCCACAUAUAAAGCCUGGCCUAUCGUUCCUCCCCACCCCCCGUCCCCGCUGUUUUCAUCUUUUCGAAAGUCAAAACCCUAGAGAGAUAGAAAGGGGUGGGCAAGGAGCUGGGUUCUUCUGCGACAUGUCGAAGUUCGAUCCGGUGCUUUCCAAGGAGUUUCUCAAUCCUUGCCUGCUGCAUCUGGAGAAGCUGGCAAUGGAGCUCAAGUGCCCUAUCUGUUUAAACCUUCUCAAUCAGCCUGUUUUACUCUCUUGCGAUCACAUACUCUGCAGUUGUUGUUAUCUGAAGUCAACGAAAGUUGAUUGCCCCGUUUGUAAAUCAUCGUGUUCCGACAAAGAGUUACGGUCAGUACCACACAUGGAUCGGUUAGUUCUUAUAUAUAGAGGCUUAAAAGCUGCUUUUGAAGCUGCCCUACUGCACUGUAACUCAGAACCCCCUUUUUCAGAGAUUGGUGAGAAGCCCAUUGAAUUCAACGAUAGAGUACUUAAGAAGGAAAGAACGUCUAACACUGUGGUUGGCUUUGGAAUAAUGAACAAUGGGCUGCAAGAAAGUUUUAGUAAAUUAAGUCAUGGACCUGCAGAUGAUUACACAAAAGAAGCAAAGGUUAUGGCAGACAUUCAUAUUGUCCCUUCUGGUGCUGUGACUCCAUCAAGCACUUGCAAGAGGCCAGGAGUUCAUGGUAAAGUAACAAGUGGACUUACAGUUGGAGCUUUCACUGAUCUAAACAUGAAUCAAGAACCUGAUGCUGCUGAUGUGCAAACGGAAUUGCACAGUCGUAGGGAGAAAGCUUCUGUAAGCAGAAAUGCUCCUGAGGUGUCAGUCUCUAACCAUGUGAUGUGUGCUUUCUGUCAAUCUUCCAGGGAAACAGAGGGUUCUGGUCCAAUGUUGCACUAUAUUAAUGGCAGACCUGUAUCUGCAUGGGGAAGGAAUGGAUCCCGUGUCGUGCAUGUUCACAGGAAAUGUGCUGAAUGGGCGCCUCAGAUAUACUUUGUGGAUGACACUAUCAAGAACUUGGAAUCUGAACUUGCACGAAGUGCAAAACUCAAAUGCAACAGAUGUGGCAAGAAAGGAGCAGCUCUUGGAUGCUUAGCAAAGAGCUGUAGGCGCAGUUUUCAUGUCCCAUGUGCCGUGGAGGUGCCUGAUUGCCGGUGGGAUUGCGAAAAUUUUCAAAUGUACUGCCCUUCUCAUUCAUCGCUAAAUUUUCCUGGUGAAAAGACCAAGGCUGGAAAGAGAAGCAGAUCAUCAGUUGAAUCACCAGGAAAUGGCUAUCUCACACCAAACCAGAAUGGAAGGAAGUGGACAGCUUCAUCUGACACAACAAAGAGAUGGGUUCUCUGUGGGUCUGCAUUGACUGUAUUGGAGAAGGAUUGUGUAGGAGAGUUUGCGAAGCUUACUGGUGCAGUGAUCUCUAAAACAUGGGACCAUAAUGUCACACAUGUUAUAGCAUCUAUUGACGAGAAUGGUUGCUGUAAGAGAACUUCAAAGGUGCUCAUGGCUAUCUUGGCUGGGAGUUGGGUGGUGAACAUCAAUUGGAUCAAGGCAUGCAUGGAAGCCACCUGUCCAGUCAAUGAAGAACCUUAUGAAAUAGAUCGGGACAUUCAUGGGUGUAUGAGAGGUCCAAAAAUUGGAAGGCAGAGAGCGAUGGCUAAGGAACCACCGCUUUUCAGUGGGCUGCUUUUCUAUUUUAUUGGUGAUUAUGAGGCUUCAUACAAAGGGUCCCUGCAAGAUCUAGUGUUGGCUGGUGGAGGUAGACUCCUACAAAAUGAUUCCUGUUCACGCUCCAGUGAUGACGAGUCAAAGUCUAGGGAUUCAACCAUUAUAGUAUACAGCCAGGUUUAUCCUGAAGGGGUCAUGGAAGUUGAUUCAGUAAUCGAACAAAGGCUCAAAGAGGCAGUGUCAUUAGCUGCAGAGACAGGCGGAAAAGUGGUGAGUCACACGUGGUUGUUAGAUUCCAUAGCUGCAUGCCAACUUCAGCCGACGAUCUGACACAACGUUCUGUGCUGGGUAUUUCAUGCAUUUAUGUAUUUUAUUCUUUAUCGUCUUCUUCCGAGAACUAAGCAAGACUUGUACCAUCUAACACCUAGGUAAGCUUCGGUAUCUCAUUCUUGUAAUUGUGUAUUACCUUCUUCAAGGAAUUACAAUUUGUCUAAGCACGUUCUGUCAAAAACGAUUCGGAUUAACCGUGAAAGGGAAAAUGAAAGGACUUUAUUAAA